AGCCGUGUGUAUUCCGACUCGUUCGGAACUGGAUAAUCGCACUUACCGUGUGCACACACACACACACACACACACACACACACGCAACGCAAAAUGUUGUAGGAUUGUUAUCGGUUGUGAUAUUUAUUGACACACGGAGCAAUAAUCAAUCUGCUAAGGUCAACAUGAAGCUGUUGCCGAUUCUUCUCACGACCUUGGUGACCUGUGAUCAAAUCGCCGAUGGAUACCGUAUCCUCGGCGUAUUUCCGUAUCAUUAUACGAGUCAUUGGAUCAUGCCGGAAACUCUGAUGAAGGGUUUGGCGCAACGUAGCCACCAAGUGGACGUGAUAUCGCACUUUCCGCAGAAGAAACCGAUAUCGAAUUACACGGACAUCAGUCUGUCCGGCAGUAUGCCGAUUCUUCAGAAUAAUUUCACCGCGACAGAAAUCGCAUGGUUCAGAGAAGUUUUGAUGAAGCAAGUUAUCGAUAAGAUGGGGACUGAGAUUUGUGAGCUGCUGGCCCAUCCGAAGAUGCAAAAUCUGAUCAAGAAUCCGCCGCAGGAUCCUCCCUACGAUCUUGUUAUUAUAGAAGUAUUGAUGUCGCCGUGUUUUCUGGCUUUCGGCCGUCAUCUGAAAGUCCCGGUUGUCGCCCUGGUAAACGUUAACUUCCCCAGUUGGUUCAACGAGUUAUCCGGCAAUCCAUUUAAUCCCGCUUAUGUACCGGUCACCUUCUCAUCGUUCGGACAGCAAAUGAACUUCAAGGAACGUGUGCUAAACUUCUUCGAAGCGUAUCUGAGCUCCGCGCAGGUCCUCUACUACACGAGCUUUCAAGUGGAGUAUGUGAAGAAGUAUUUCGGCAUGAAAGACACCGCCAUCAGUGACCUGCACAACGAUAUAUCUUUGUAUCUAGUCGACUCGCACCCCUCGUUGCACGGAAUCAAACCGUUGACCCCCGCCGUGGUCGAGGUAGCCGGUCUACAUAUCAAGAAUGACAGUGUUACACUCUCGCCGGAAGUGCAAAAAUGGCUGGAUGAAAGCAAGGACGGCUGCGUGUACUUCACAUUCGGUUCUAUGAUCAGGAUCGAAACUUUCUCUAAGGAAAUAAUAGAAAUAUUCUACAAGUCCUUCAAGAAGAUCGCGCCGGUUCGGGUACUAAUGAAAGUUGCGAAAAAAGAAGACCUACUGCCGGGAUUACCGGAUAACGUCAUGACGCAAUCUUGGUUCUCACAAAUCGCCGUGCUCAAGCACAAAAACAUACGAGCUUUCAUUACACACGGUGGACUAAAAGGGACGCAGGAGGCGAUUUAUUUCGGAGUCCCUAUGAUUGGCAUCCCCCUGUUUCUCGAUCAGAAUAGCAACAUCCUGUCAUUCGAGAGGAAGGAGGUGGCUAUCUCGCUAAACUCGAUACACGACGUCACCGAGGAGAAAUUAACAUCGGCGCUAAAUAGCAUCCUGAAGGAUCCCAUCUAUCGAAAAAACGUGCAAAAAUUGUCGAAAUUAUUCGUCGAUCGUCCUAUGAGCGCCUUGGAUACGGCUAUAUUCUGGGUGGAAUACGUUGGAAAAAAUGGGAACUUCCUUCAAUCACCAGCCAUGCAGCUUCACUGGUGGCAACGUAACUUAUUGGACAUUUACGCCUUCUUAUUAUUCGUGGUCAUUGCGGUGCUUUUGGUCUUGAGAUUUAUUUUUUGGAAGAUCAAGACGUUCUUAUUCAGAUUACACAUGGACGUAAAAAAGGAAAUGGUGGAGAAAAAGAACAUAUAA